AAAAAUCACUUAUAACAGAGAGAGAGAGAGAGAGAGAGAGAGAGAGAGAGAGAGAGAGAGAGAGACCGUGAAUGUGGUUGUUUUGUGUCUGAAAUGCAUUCAACUACGUGCAACACCGUCGUUUCACCUUUCCACCAUCAUACUCGCCGGAGCAACAUUCGGAACCCUAGCCAAUUUCGCGUCAAAUCCUCAAUCCUCAUUCCCAAACAGGACACCAAAUUAAAGGAGCCUUUCUCCGAUUCCAUAUCUCGCCGUCUCAUCCUUCUUCGCCAUGCCGAAAGUUCCUGGGAACCUUCAAUUCGCGAUCAUGACCGACCUCUUAGUAAGUCGGGGAAGGAAGAUGCUGUGAAAGUUUCCCUCAAGCUCCAACAGUUGGGUUGGAUUCCUGAACUUAUAUUAACUAGCGAUGCGGCACGGACUAAGGAGACACUCAAGAUAAUGCAGGAGCAAGUGCAGGAACUACUAGAAGCCGAGGUUCAUUUUGUUUCUAGUUUCUAUUCGAUUGCGGCUAUGGAUGGUCAAACAGCAGAUCACCUUCAAAAGGUUAUUUGUAGAUAUUCAAGUGAUGAGAUACUAACAGUCAUGUGCAUGGGACAUAACAGGGGGUGGGAAGAGGCUGCUUCAAUGUUUUCUGGGGCAUCUGUAGAAUUAAAGACAUGCAAUGCCGCACUACUCGAGACUGCCGGGAAAUCUUGGAAUGAGGCAUUUUUAGCAGCAGGAUUCGGUGGGUGGAAGCUUCAAGGCAUAUUAAAACCAAGUAGCUAGCUAGUCAAGAUUUUCCAUACUGGCUAAUCUUGCUUAUAGACGCGCAAAAGAUCAAGUUGGAAGCAUCAUUGCUUGUUAUAGGAAUCCAAACCGCGCAGUUUGGUCAAUGCGUGAUUGCUACAGAGCUGAUAUGACUAGGAAAAGCAUACUAAGAUGGAAAACGAUGCAAAAAGGGUCGGUUAAAUUCUGUUUAAUUUGGCAGCUAUGAACUGUUUCUAUUGACAUUCAAUAUGAAGCAUUGCUGAGGAUAAUGUGUAGGAAACAAUCCCUCACCUCAUUUACUGCUUGGUAUAGUAUUUACUGCUUAGUAUAGUAUAUAAAGCAUAUAGGUUCAUUGAAUUGAACUCAUGCUACUCAGUUGUUACUGUUUAACAGACACAACUUUGUGUUUCAAAGAAAAAAAAAUUGCUUAUGUAUAAUGUUACCUGUUACUUUACUCUAUGUUACUCUUCCAUCUUGAAAAUGAAGAUUAUAAAAAUUCAAUUUUGAAA